UAUUUGUCAACGUCAUUGACCCAAGAGUAUCGUCAGUAAUGACAAGCUUAGGAUUGUCCGAGUGCAAAAUAAAUAUACAAAUAGAAGAUUAAAUGUUUAAUGCAUGGGGCAUUGCACAAAUAUUUUUUUGUUGUUGCGUUUUUAUCGGCUGCCCUGUUACUUCAAACUAUGUUGACACGCAGGACCAAACGAGCCCCCGAGCCAACACUCUUUCGGACGACGCUGAUGACAUCCAGAGACAAUUGGAGAACGAAGCCAAGGAUCGGCUUAAAUAUGGAAGGCCUAAAACAAUCUGGGUGUUUCACUUGCCUACGAGAUAUCCAUUUUUCACUCCAACGGAACCAGGUUUUGGUGACCAAGAUUUUCAUUUGAACAAAUUUGAAAAAAGAUUUCUGAAGAAACACAAGACAACUCCUAAAGAUGAGCCUAAGAAUGUGACAGAGUUUUUAAUGGAAGACUGGAUCUAUCAAGAGCAAGCCAAUUGGUCAGCCAAGUACCCGAACUGCGGCGGGCGGUCCCAAUCGCCUGUAAACUUGCCCGCCAAAGGACUGAUCAAGGCGAAAGCUAGAAAACUGGCAUUUAUCAAUUACGACGCUGUCCCAAUUUCAUUGACCUUGCAGAAUGACGGGAAGAGAGCGAUUCUUUUUGGCGAGUGGAACAGACACUUUCGGCCGAUGGUAUACGGAGGAGCGGCGUACAGUCGUCGUUACUUUUUCCAUUCUCUGGUCAUCCACUGGCCUUCAGAACAUUCUAUAAGCUCUAUGCAGUUCCCGGUUGAAACUCAGCUUCUUCAUAUAUCGGCCGAGUACGAGAAUUUCAAUGAUGCAGUGAAGAAAUCCUCAAGUGAUCCCUUGGCAUUUCUUGGUGUUGUCAAUAUUUACAAAUUCUCAAAUCAAACACAUCCGGGAGUUGAAGAGCUGAUCAAAUCGUCAGUCAACACAGGCUUUACCAAUGUAACCCUUGCUCCUAAACCGUUAAGCUUCUACAGCCCACCAUUCGAGCAUUAUGCCUGCUACCAGGGGUCGCUGACCACCCCACCCUGUACAGAGUCUGUAUUGUGGAUUGUAAGAGCAGAAGCGUUACCAGUAAAUAGGGAUGAAUUCAACGUUCCGUAUGGUUUAUGUAACACGUAUGGCGAACCCGAUGUGAAGCCGUUCCGUUUGGUUAACCCACUUAAUGAUAGACUUGUGUAUCAUUUUCAAUAAGUUACUAUUAUUUUUGUUAUGUGCAUAAUGUAAAGUUAAUCAUAAA